UACAAGGUGACGUGAUUCGUGAGACUGCGUCAUCACUAGUGGACGAACCAUGUCUCACUCGCAAUAGGAAGUUCUUGCAGAAUACAUAAAAACCUCACAGAAGUUAUGGCCUCAGACGAUGCAUUUAAAGUGUCCUCCCUGAAGGGGAAGGUGACCCUGAUAACGGGUGCCAGCUCAGGCAUCGGGGCAGGUACGAGCGUCCUGUUCGCCAGACUCGGAGCCCUGCUGGCCCUCAACGGCCGCGACGUGGAAAACCUCAACAAAAUAGCCAAGCAGUGCACCGACUGCGGAGCUGCAAAGCCUUUGCUUGUUCCUGGAGACCUGACUGAUGAGGAGACCGUGAGGAAGGCAGUGGAGCAGACCGUCGCUCACUUCGGCCGGCUGGAUGUCCUGAUUAACAGCGCCGGUAUCCUGGCCAUGGGCAGCAUCGAGACCACAGACCUAGCCCAGUACGACAAGGUCAUGAGCAUCAAUGUCAGAUCUGUAUACCAUCUGACUCAACUUUGUGUGCCCCACUUGAUCAAGACCAAAGGCUCCAUCGUCAACGUAUCCAGUGUCAGUGGACAGAGAUCAUUCCCUGGUGUGCUGGCAUAUUGCAUGUCCAAGUCGGCCAUUGACCAGUUCACAUGCUGUGUAGCACUUGAGCUGGCAUCAAAGCAAGUCAGAGUGAACUCCGUCUGCCCGGGUGUGAUCAUCACAGAUGUCCACAAGAGAGCAGGACUGGAUGAGGAGCAGUACACUCAGUUUCUUGCAAAGUGUAAGCAGACUCACGCCCUCGGUCGACCAGGUGAGGUGGAGGAAGUGGCCCACAGCAUCGCCUUCCUGGCGUCCGACGCUGCCAGUUUCAUUACUGGAGUCAACUUACCUAUUGAUGGAGGUCGCCAUGCCAUGUGCCCAAGAUAAGACCAUGUAUUGUAACAUACAGCAGUCUGCUAAUAGAGUGCUCUCAAAUUUCAAA